AUGUCCGCCCGUGUCUCACUGCCUCGAACCCUCGAUCCGCCGCCGGCCAAACGAGCUCGAUUGCACGAAUCGUCGUCAUCCCGGCGUCGCAAGAGCUCCCCGGAUUUGCUCGACGCCACCAACUCGCCCUCACACUCUCACUCGCACUCUCGACCAUUGCACAUUUCCUCACCGUCGCUCGCCCCUUCGUCGGCCCCUUCCCCGCACGCCAAAGGUGUUUCUGGAGCGCAAUCCCGCCGGAUCUCGACGCGCCGUCCGCUGGUCUCCUCAAACACGACCACGUCACAAAUUUCCCCGGCUACUUCGCGCCACUCCGACCGGCGUCGCAUUCUGCGCAAUGAGACACCCGUCAAUACUCUGCCAUCAUUCUAUCUCCACCAGGAGCGUGAAUCGCCGGAUCCCUUAGAUACCAUCUCCCCUUCCGUCUCCCGUCGAAUUUCACCCGCCGGUCGCUCCUCCGCUCUUUCCUUCUCCGCCGCCGCCGCCCCCAGCUCUUCAGCCCGUCGUUCGCGCCGUCCAGCUCCGCCCCCAGCGCCAGACGCAAUACCUACUCAGGAAGAAUCACCAGCCGCUGCCCAAAAAUCAGUCCGCUCCACUCGCUUGGCUGCUGCCCAGCCAGCUACCGAAUCUCCUCCCAAUGCGAGCGAGUCGCGGCGCUCCCUCCGCUCCAAUGACACCGGCUCCCGCGCCCGCAGCGAGUUAGCGGCCUAUUUCCCAAACUAUGAAGAGCUUCUCAGCUUGGAGCCUCCGAAAACAGAAUUCCUAGCUGGUAGCACCACCAUCAAACUCAUCGAUGACCUUCCUGUUCCUCCUCUUGCGCAGACAACCUCGAAUCUAGAGCUAGAUCUGGAACGUCCUUUCAAAAACCCGCUUGUCAACCUUAACAACUGUGAGGUGAUUUCUCUACCAGAACCUUCCUCUCCGUCUCCUCCAUCAGACCCCGAAGAUCCCCUCGACGAGAGCAUUUUCUUCCGCGCUCAUCGUCGUAACGAGCGCCAGGAGAAGCAGCUCCGGAAUAUCGAGCGCGAUCGGGCGCAACAUGAGAAGCAACACCUUGACCGUCUUCUUGAUGAGCUCCAAGGCCACGACUGGCUUCGGAUAAUGGGUAUCAGUAGUCACACCGAGCAAGAUAAGAAGCUUUACGAGCCCAAACGCGACUAUUUCAUCCGAGAGAUCUCUGCCGUCCUUCAAAAAUUCAAGAUUUGGAAGGAAGAAGAAAAGCGCCGUAAGCUAGAUAAGGAUAAAGCCGCCGAUCUAGUCCACUCCGAUGCGAAAGAAACAACAGCGUUGACUACCACUUCCGCGACGGCAGACGAUGAUGACGGAAUGACGGCGCCUUCAGAGGCAGGUGCAGGCGCUGGCCAUCCCGGCGCAACGGGGAACGCCCAAAGAUAUUCAGGUGACCCGCCGGACCCUAACGACGUCGAUGCCUGGGCGGCACGCCAACUUCUGCAAGAGGCUCGGUCUGCAACCACUACGACCAUGACGGGACCGACGGGCAAGAGACCCAAAACCACUCUCACAGCGCCUAAGCGAACCACCAUCACCGCAUACUUCAAGCCGAAAGCGGACUCGUCCACCAAGACCUCUCCUCCACCGCCGCCACUCGAUCCCGAAAAGCCUUUUACCUCUUUCUUCACCGACCCCGAUGCCCGUGAGGCAGCCCUAUCCGCCAAUAGGAAGGGCCACCGGACGCCGUACGCCUUUGGCCAUCGCAUCCCUGAUUUGCAGGUGCAUGACUUUGAGUUACCGCCGGAUAUCUUAACACCAGAGGCCAUCGACUCGUGUCGCCGGCAGAGGCGGCGGAUGAAACGGGCAAGUCGGGGAUCGAAUGAUUUGUAA